GUGAUUUAUCUUAUCAAAGGAUAACUACAAAUUUAUUGUGUAGAUGGAACCAAGCAAAAAUGAAGAACUAGGUGGUGAUGAAAUUGAAGUUGAUGGAAAAUUAGUUGAACCUAGCCCCAGAAGGAGAAAUCCAGAGAUCGCGAUCUUAAAUCAAAUAGGUUCUUCAUAUAGGUCUCCCAGAGAGCCUAGAAUAAAUAUAAUAACAACCAGCAAGAUUGAUCUCUUAGAAGAUGGGUAUAAUUGGAGAAAAUACGGGGAACAAGUUUGCAUAGGAAACCCUAAUCCUAGGAGCUACUACAAAUGUACGGCACCAGGUUGUAGCAUUCGAAAGUGUGUAGAGAGAGCUUGGGUGGAUCCUAAAGAUGUCAUAACAACGUAUGUAGGAAGACAUAAUCAUGACGUUCCAACAUCUAUGGCUAAUAGCCACACCAUUUCCGAGGAGCCUAGUUUUGACGGUAUUGGUAAUGGUGGCGACACUAUUUAACAACAACAACCUGUAGUGAAGAACAAAUAAUCUAAGCGCUCCUAGUUUAAGGUUUGAAGAACUGUAACUUAUUUUGCAGAAAUGUAUGUGGUGCAUCCUCAUCCAUAAUAAUGUGGCCCUUAUAAUCGACAUUGCUGAACUGAAAUAGCUCAUCUUUUGAGUUGAAAACAAAAUAAUAAAGAAUCUUAUGAUGAAUUAUU